AUGCUAUCCUCUAUCAACUCAUACAUAGGUUACUCAGACCUGAGUACCAAGGAGAAACCGUCCAUUCAGACCAAACAGCAACCCCGAGCACUUCCCUCAUCAUGGUACCGCUCUCCAGACAUGUACCAGCUGGAACGUCGGGCCAUCUUCUCCAAGAAAUGGCUGAUGGUUACCCACAAACUUCGCUUUACACAGCCAGGAGACUACUUCCGCUUCGAGGAGGCUGGCUACCCAUUUGUACUUUGCCUUGACAGGAACGGCACCUUGCACGGUUUUCACAACAUAUGCCGACACCGCGCGUUCCCGGUCGUGACAGAGUCGGAGGGAAACGCGAGGAUCUUCUCGUGCAAGUACCACGGCUGGUCCUAUGGCUUGAACGGCAAGCUAGCGAAGGCGCCUCGCUUCGACGAUGUUGAAGGAUUUCAAAAAGAGGACCACAGUCUAUUCCCCGUCCACAUCCACGUCGACAAGCUUGGCUUCGUGUGGGUGAACCUGGAGGCCUCCGAGCACCCAUCAGUCGCGUGGGAAGAUGAUUUCCGGGACGUGGAUGCACAAGAGCGCUUUCAGAACUUUGACUUUACACAAUACAAGUUUGACCAUGUGUGGGGGAUGAAAGGUGACUAUAACUGGAAGACGCUCGCGGACAACUACAACGAGUGCUACCACUGUACCGUCGCGCACCCCGAUGUGGCCAAGCUGGCAGACCUGCAGUAUUACUAUACUGUCUCUACACCAGGCCAUAUCCAGCACUUCUCACGGCCACAGAAGGGGAAAGAGGAUGUGGACAUCAAGAACGCGAGUACCUACUACUUCCCCAAUGCCUGCAUGACGGUCUCGCCUCACUUCUUCUACAUGAUGCGCUGCGUCCCCACCACGGCGACCACCACCUCGAUGGAAUACGAAGUCUACCGCCACGUCGACGCCACGGACGCGGAAUUCACCUACAUCGACCAGUUCUUCAAGCGCGUCCUCGGCGAGGACAAGGACCUGUGCAAUGCGGCGCAGCGGAACCUGAACGCCGGCGUCUUCGUCAACGGCCAGCUGCACCCGGAGCUCGAGAGCGCGCCCAUCUUCUUCCAGAGCGUGGUCAAGAAGUUGUUGGUCGACCACCGCACGGAAGAGAAUGCGAGGGGCCGCGAUAUCUGGCCGGCGAGGCGCGGGGUGGCGAGUGCCAAGACGGAGGAGGAGGAUGAGUUCUGUAAAGGGUUGGCUUGUAGUGAUGCUACGUUGACGGCUUCGGAGUGGUGA